AGACGCGCCGUUGCCAUGGCAGCCGGGUCCUGGCCGCUGCGGCUCAGGUGCUGGGGUUUCCCCUGCCUCUUUGUCAGAGCUUAAAACGAGGAGGAGAGGAGCACGCCCCCGGCCAUCUUUGUGACUCCAGCCGCUGCGUCUUACACAGCAUUAUUCUUUAACAAACAGAAAAUGAAUGAAAAUAAAGAUACUGAUUCAAAAGACAGUGGAGAAUAUGAAGAUGACUUUGAAAAGGACCUGGAGUGGUUGAUUAAUGAAAAAGAAAAAAGCGGUGCCAGCAUAAUGGAGAUGGCUUGUGGGAAUGAAGAGAAUAUUAACCAAGACUUAAAAGAGAAUGAAAUAGAAAUAGAACACACCAAGCAGCUUUCUGAUCCUGAUAAAUCUUUGAAGGAUGAGGUUUCACUGAGAAGAAAUGACUUUAUUUCUGUACCAAGUAUUCAACCUUUGGACCCCAUAUCAGAUUCAGAUAGUGAAAACUCUUUGCAAGAAUCCAAACUAGAAAGCCAUCAAGACCUGGAGGAGGAAGAGGAUGAGGAAUUAAGGAGAUAUAUUAUGGAGAAAAUUAUACAAGCCAACAGACUUCUACAAAAUCAAGAACCAGUGAAUGAUAAAAGGGAACGCAAACUUAAAUUCAAGGACAAAUUAGUUGAUUUAGAAGUUCCUCCUCUGGAAGACAGUGAUACUUACAAAAAUUAUUUUGAAAAUGAAAGUAAUGUGUCUGGAAAACUGUCACAGUUAUGUAUUUCCAAUGAAUUUGGACAAGAAAAUGUGAUCCUGUCACUUACUGAUGGAAAUUGUGAAGAAAACAAGGAUAGGAAAAUCCUAAUGGAGAGAGAUGGAAAGUUUGAACUUGUGAAUUUACAGGACAUUAAGAGUCAGGGGGUUUUGCCUCCCAUGAAUAGUGCUAAUAGUACAGAAGGUGAACCUCAGCAGUUGUCACCCAGAUCUCCCAAUUCAUCUGUCAGUGGCAUCAAGAAAGAAGAGCCAGUAGCCAAAGUACAUGCUCUUGCUCCCUCAUCAACAGAAGAGCCACUGACUUACAUCCCUCAGCCACCACCCAACCCCAAGACUUACCCAAGCUCUGCUGUCAACUCAGAUCGAAGUAAGGGGAUCGGAAAAUCUAACCAGAGGACCCAGUCUGCAGAUGUGUCUCCAGCGACCUCAACAUUCUGCCUCUCUCCUCGACAGAAAGAACUGAAAAAACGACUAGAACAAAAGAGAGAAAAGCUGAAGAAAGAGGAAGAUCAAAAGAAAAUAGAAGAAGAAAAAGAAAAGAAAAAAGAAAAUGACAUGGUAUUUAAAGCAUGGUUGCAAAAGAAGAGAGAGCAGGUCCUAGAAAUGAGGAGAAUUCAGCGAGCAAAGCAGAUUGAAGACAUGAACAGUAGACAGGAAAACAGAGAUCCACAGCAAGCUUUUCGAUUAUGGCUUAAAAAAAAGCAUGAAGAACAACUGAAAGAAAGAAAGACAGAAGAACUGCGAAAGCAAGAGGAGUGCUUAGUCUUCCUUAAAGAAACAGAAGGCCGUGACAGGGCCUUUAAACAAUGGCUAAGAAGAAAACAGAUAGAAAAAUUAGCAGAGCAACAAGCUGUCAAAGAAAGAGCUAGACAGCUCCGACUAGAAGCAAAGCGGUCUAAACAGUUACAGUGCCACCUAUAUAAUAUGUCAGAAGCCAAAUCUUUCCGUUUUACUGAUCAUUACAACUGAAGGUAUUUAUUAAAUCUUCAUUUGGAAGCUGCUGUCCUCAAAAUUUUGGAUAUCAUUUCUUAUGGUAAUACCUGUGUGCUUUGGUUAUACUCUAAAUUAUGGAAGUGCUACUUAUCUUUUGGUGGUGUUGAUGGUGAAUUUAUCUUAUUUCCUUUAAUAGAAGAGCAAAAUAAAUUUAUCUUGCAGCAUUGUAAUGUUUUAU